UGUGUCUCUGUCUUUAUUCAUUUCUCGUUUGUUGUAAAAGGGUUGUGUAUUAUUAGUAAUUAAAUUUUUGUUUUGUUUUGUUUUUUAUUGAAGCCGCUCGUGUAGCCUCGGUGUGUGUCCUCACACACCCGGAACAUCCCCGCGCUCGGACCGGGAUCCUCUGAAACCCUCCGCCGACUCGCCGACAUGUCCUCCGCGCUUCUGCGGGCUGUGUGCGCGCUGCUGGCGUCUCUCUGCCCGCCCUGCCCCGCCGCGUCGGCCCCGGGCCUCCCGCACAUCCCGCACAUCGCCGCUCACUUCGGAACCAAGACCCGCUACGAGGAGGUGAACCCCCACCUGCUGCGGGACGGCCUGUCCGUCAACGCCUCGGUCCUCCGGGCUCCGGCCGCCGAGCGCUGCUCCCCGGUGCACCUGACCGCCGUCAUCCGCCACGGGAGCCGCUACCCGACCGCCAAGAACAUCCGCAGGAUCCGCCAGCUGAGCGAGCUGGUCCGGAGGGAGGCUGCGGGAGGCUCCGGGGCUUCGGACGGCUGGCUGGAGGAGCUCCGCAGCCGCUGGGAGGCGUGGUACACCGAGGACAUGGACGGUCACCUGGUGAUGAAGGGUCGUGACGAGCUCCGCCUCCUGGCGCUCCGCCUGCGGGCCUUGUUUCCCACCCUGCUGUCAGAGGAGAACGUGAGGAAGAGGAGGGUGGCCUUCCUCACCAGCUCCAAGCCCCGCUGCGUCGACAGCAUUGAGGCGUUCCAGGACGGCCUGCGGCGGCACGGUGAGGCCCCGGUCUACGAGCACGAGGUGGACGACCACCUGCUGCGCUUCUUCGAGCGUUGCCGCGGAUACGUGGAGGGAGUGGAGAAGAACCGCUCGGCGCUGCUGGAGGUGGAGAAGUUUGAGAAGGGCGAGGAGAUGCAGGCCGUGGUCAAGAAGGUCGCCAGCAGGCUGGGACUCCCUCAGCAUCGCCUCACGCCCGAGCUGGUGGAAGCCGCUUUCUUCCUGUGUUCUUAUGAACUGUCUAUCAAAUCCGUUCACUCGCCAUGGUGCUUCCUGUUUGAUGAGAGUGACGCUCAGGUGUUGGAGUAUAAGUCCGACCUGAAGCAGUACUGGAAGCGCUCUCACGGCCACGCCAUCAACAGCAUGUCCAGCUGCCCGCUGUUCCACCACAUCUUCAGGUCGCUGGACAAAGCCGGUCGGCCCCGCAGGUCCACUGACGCGUCCCCGGAGCCGGCCUCCAUCCUGGUGGGCCAUGCUGAGACGCUGCUCCCCCUCCUCUCCCUGCUGGGACUCUAUAAAGACCAGACUCCGCCCACUGCCAGCAACUACCAAUCGCAGCACAGGCGACGGUUCCGGACCAGCCGCAUCGUCCCGUACGCCGCCAACCUCCUCUUCGUGCUGUACGACUGUCAGCGGGGCCCCAGACUGCAGCUGCUCGUCAACGAGUCCCCGGUUCGAUUCCCAGGCCUGGAGGCGGAGGAGGCGCCGCUGUACCGGGACGUCCGGGCCACGUACCGCCACCUGCUGGACGGCUGCGACUUCCACCAGGAGUGCGAGGGGAUCUUGUGGGGCCGGGGGCCCAACAUCGAGCUCUGAGACCAGGGGGCGGAGCCGCCAGAGCUGGUGGAUAUUAGCCCCGCCCCCAGGAAGCAGCGUCCAGACUUCGACAGGAUCAGACAUUGGGCGCCUCAGACAGUAGCAGUCACCAUGAUGAAAGUCUGCAACGCCGAACUGGUCCAUUACCAUCUGAGAGCGCAGGGUUUGUUUUUUUCCAUCUGAGCUCUUUUUUUUUUAUUACUUUUCAUUUGUUGCACUGGCCCUUUAAUCUUGUGCCAUCCUCUGUUUUUCACCCCUCACCUUUAAUUUAUUCAAGCUGUUCGGACUCGAACCCUCCGACACUCACCAGGACGACGUCCAGUGUCUCCCAGGGUCCAACGGGUCGUCUUUGUGCCAAAAUCAGGAUAUUUUUUUAAGAACCUUUUUUUUUCCUCUUUAAAAAUUCAGAGCUUUAAAUAAAAGGUUUUUCAAAACUCUACAAAAUCUCCAACAGUAUCGAUCCACCUGGAGAAAUGACUCCUCAGUGCGUUUAUUCCCCUAAAAGAAACUAAGACACACUGAAUCAAUGACAGUGAGUUUAUUACAUCGACAGUGACUCUUUUGUUUUUAACAGAUCAAUGAAUAAACAAUCAUUUGUUUUUAAAUAAAAAACUCAAAUAGGAUAAAAAU